AUGGCUUCUGUGCUGUCCUCUUUUUUCACACGAGAUCCCAAGUCGCAGUUCCCUUUCGACAUCCCUGCAGACAAUGCGAACGUCACAUACUUUGAUCGUCUAUCAAUUGGCCACAGCUUUAAAAAAGUUUUAUGGAGAAUGAGUUUUCGAAAGAAUUUUGUGCUUAAAGGCUGAGCCGAACGAACUCGCAACUGUUUUUUGGAGCACCGGAAGUUCUACGAUCAAACAGCAAGCUCAGAAGUUGAAGACCAUGCGCCAUCCCAAUAUAAUAGCAUACUUGGAUAGUAUUGAGGUUACAUUUUCGAUUUCUGCGUGAAAAAUAGCCAGUUAAUUUAUUUUUUUAAUACCUUUUUCACAGGUGGACGGUACGUUUUAUUUAGUAACGGAGAAGUGUAAGCCUCUCUCUGUCUACAUGAAAGACAUGGAGCUGAACGAGCAGCAAAAAGAAUUUGUCGUCUCCUGGGGGAUUUUUCAAAUUUUGGUAAACUGACUGAAAGUUUUUAUGAAGUUUCAUUUCCUGCAGUCUGUGUUGAAAUUUCUUCAUGAGGCAAACUUGAGUCAUGAAAAUCUACGCAAAGGAAUUUACGUGACGGCCGGAGGCGACUGGAAGAUUGGCGGUUUGCACACCGUAACCGCAUUCAAGUACUCCAAAAGCUGUGUUUUCUGCAAGAGAACCUCAUUUUCAGUUCUCCGCGGACCGAUCUCAACCAACUGGCUAUUGUCAUCUGGGAGAUCUUCAACGGCUUCUCGGAAAACGUCACAAAGGCCGAAGCUCCAGGAAAAAUUCCACAGAGGUUUAUUUCCUCAAAGUACAAUUUUACCCAAUUCUGAGAGAAAAAGGUCUCGAUUUGUUUCGAAUCUUGUUGGCAAAAACCUGUCUUUUGCAUUUUUCGUUUUUGGGGUUCAUCUCUGGAAAUCUUGAACUCAAAAUGUUCAAUAAUAAAUUCAGGUUACACGAGUUGUACAAAAAGAUUGCGACAGGAGCUGCCGCUAAACUUUCCGCUUCUGAGCUGAUAAUUGGUUUAUUUCCUAUUUUUUUUUUUCAUUAUUCCGUUUCUAGAAUAUCGAAGAACGGGUGGAUAUUUGAAAAACAAAUUCGUUGAUACGCUGCUUUUUUUGGAACAAUUCGAGCUCAAAGAGUCUUCCGAAAAACAGUCUUUCUUUAUGCAUUUGAGGUAGUUUUCAGAAUGAAAAAGAACUGAAAAAGUUUUUUUUGCAGAGAAAAUCUUGACAUUUUCCCUGACGACGUUGCCAAGUACAAAAUCUUGCCGAAAUUGAUUUUGGUUGGUGUUUUUGGCGGCUUUUGAAGUCUAAGGUUGUAGACGUACGAAUACGGAGACGCCGGACCGAAUAUUCUGAUUCCGCUGUUCAAACUCGGACGUCUUCUGGACGAGGCCGAGUACCAACGGACCAUCGUCCCUUGUCUCUGCAAGGUAUGUUCUUCGCUUUUCCCCAGUCUUAUCAUGAUUCGUGGGCAUAUUCAUUGAUAUUUUUGCGAAGUAAAGAAUUGGUCGAUGAAUUAUUCAGUUAUUGUUCUUCAGAGUUUUUUUUUGACCGUAGGAAUAAGUAAAGUGUGUGGGUCCAAAAGUCCUGCGAAAAGUUCAUUUGAAAUUUUUGUUUCAUCUUUUCUAAUUAUUAAUUUUUAAAAAGAACCUUUCCUUUGAAAGCGCAUUGAAGUCCUUUUCGAUGUUUGUUUUUAACAAUUUGCUCUUAUGCAUCUUACAUCUAUUAUAUGGCAGCAAGAAUGUUGGAUUUUUAUGUGUAAUCAUUGGGUUCCAGUUAUUUGGAAGCCCGGACCGAACAACCAGAGUGAAACUUCUGGAGAGAAUUGACGAGUUUGCUCCUCAUCUCACUUCUCAAGUCGUCAAUGAUAAAAUUUUUGCGUGAGUAAAGUUAUUUAUCAAAAUUAGAGUUUUAGCGAAGAUUUAAUUUGCAAAACGGAGACGUUCAGCGCUAAAAUCAAAAAAGGAGAAGUUUUCUCGUGGAAAACAUUCAAAAUUGUGUAUUUUUGUUUUUUAAAAUCGUAUUUGUAUCGAUUACAACGCUUCUUUCAAUUUCGAGAAAAUCAUUUAACAUAACGUGUCUCCAAAAGACUUUCAUUCUGAACGGCUCGCUGAAGUUGUCCACCUUUGGUUUCUGCAGGAAUCUGACGUCAGGAUUUUUGGACACUUCGCCAGCAGUUCGAGAAAGUACAGUCAAGGCGAUGGUUUCGCUGGCAGACAAGCUCAACUACAAUAACCUGAACGUCGAGCUGAUGAAGUAUUUGGCGCGGCUCCAAGGCUAGAUUUUUUUUUUCUUUUCUGUGAUUUAUGAGGCAUUUUCAGGAGGCGACGAACACGGCGGGAUCCGAACCAACACCACAAUUUGCUUAGGAAAAAUCGGCCAUUUGCUGGCCCCUGCCAAGCGCCAAGCCGUCCUCAUCAGCGCAUUCACCCGAGCUCUCAAGGUUACCCCAUUUAUUCAAAUCAAUCAAAAUGUUUUAUUUCUCCCACACAAGUACUUUUUCUCUUUUCUCACUUUUUCGUGGGAAAAAAUAAUCGAAACAAGAAAUUAUAAAAAAAAAGUUUCCCUCCAGUUUUUUCCUCUUGAAAAAGUUAAUGCUCAAAACUCGCUCUCGGUUUAUUUAAUUGACAUUUAUCUGUCAUUCGGUUUCAAAUGAGGAAAUACAAAUAAAAAAACGUAUGAAUUUAAUACAAGUUUUUUUCGAAAAUAAGUUUCCUUGUUCAGUAUAAUCACGUGAACAUUUUUCCAUUGGGCCUAGUUAAAAAGCGAAAUCGUACUGUAAUGAUAGGAAAAAUUUUUCUGAUUCAAUUUUUCAAAACAAGCUUUUAUGGAAAGUUUUUUUCUUCUUUUUCUGCAGAGAAAAAAACAUAUUACAAUUAUGCGAUCGAAGGGUUUUUUUGCGUUUGGAACAAUUUUAAAUAAUUUAGAUUUGUUUCAAUUGAAUUUUCAAAAAAACUAUGAGGAAUAAAAAAAGUCUUUUUCUUAAAUAACUGGUUUUAUUUGGAACACCUCAAAGUUAAGGAAAAUUACCGUAUGCUUAAGAAAAGUUAAGGUUUCAAUAUCAGAAAAAAAACACAAAGUUGUGAAAGCUGAAAUUUCCAGGAAAUUUUGGAUCGAUGAGAGUUCUGAAUGAUUUCGAAAACUUUCCAAGCGAAGAGUCGACAAAUCGUUCUUUUGAGGAUCCUUUCGCGCCGUCCAGAAUGGCGUCGGUUUUGGCGUUGUCGGCCACACAGCAGUUCUACACACUCGUCGAGAUCGCCAACCGGAUCGUGCCUUGUUUGGUGCCGCUGACCUGCGACCCUGAGAAGCAAGUUCGAGAGCAGUCCUUCAAGGCCAUCCGCGGGUUUCUCGAGAAACUCGAAAAGGCCAGCGAAAACCCUGCACUGAUUCCUGAGCUCGAGGCCGGCGUCAAGGCUGGCGCUAGCUCCAUUCUUGACCACGAGAAGGUUUCCUCUUCUCUACUAUAGCUCAUCCCGCGCCAGCUUGUCACGUUUUUCUUUCUGCAAAAAAAAAACCGUAUAACAAUAUAGAUAAAAAUUGAGCAUCUUCGCUUCCAGACCUUAGAGCGAAAAUUAAUAUUUAUGGUAGCUUUCUCUUUUCUGUUCUUUUAAAACGUGACCGUCUCGUGCGGAACGCGCUUUAUGUAUUCACUUUUUCCUACUAAAACUUAUAAGGCUCGAAAUGCUACUUUUCUGAAUGAGAAAUAUAAAUGAGAAUCUUUCACUGUGUAUUUUGAAGGUCCCGCAAUGGGCAAGUUGGGCAUUGAAGUCCUUGUCUGGAAAGUUCUACAAAGGAACUGUGCCGCCAGUUGAGGGCCAAACGGCGCCAACACCUGCCUCCGGAAGAACUUCGCCCAGUCUUGCAGUCAAAAGUUCGUUUUCAUUUUCUCGCUAGAAAGUAAGACAAUAGUAACAAAAAUUGUAUUCCUGCAAUCUCAAAUUCCCUCGAACUUGUACUUUUUCUAAAGGCUCUCUUGUUACCGAAUUGCGCGUGCCCGAUUUCUCUUUACCGUUUCAUUCCGCUUGAGGUCCCACAGACUCUGGCAGAAGCUCUCCGGCUCCGAAAUCUUCGUCGAACGCUCCGCUGAAACUCGCUCCAGCGAGCAAUGACGGCUGGGGCGACUUGUCCGAUGGCGGCGACAACUUUGACGGUUUCCGCAUUUGAAUACUUAUCGAAAAAUGAAAGCGUUCAGUGAAAGACGAUUGGUCGGACCUCGGAGGGAGCACGAAAAACGACGACGACUGGGGUCUCGGCUGGGACACUCCGGUUUGUUUCCAAAGCAAACGAAGGAUUAUCGACUUCUCCAGGUCGAUACCGCAAGGUCCUCUCCGGACGUCAACAAGAAAACUUCUGCGGUGAGUUCCUCGCUCGGAGCCAAGAAACCGAGUAUCGGACGUCUUCAGCUUCCCUCUUCUACCUCCUCCAGCGCAAAAACCAAACAAGGUUAUCUUCAUUAAAAUGUAUCUGAUUGUAUUGAAUGACUAAGGACCAUCUUUAUAUCUCCCUAGUACUGUUCAAUCGUCUAGAGCGUAGGCUUUUUUUUUUACAUCAAAGGGUUUUUAUAUGUUUCGAAAACAAGACCUCUUUUUUCAAGGAAUUCUUGUUGCUGUUGCUGAGGUUUAUGAGAAAACUAUGGUUCAAUUCAAAUUUUUUUUAAAUAUUUGUUCAUUCAUUUUUUUUUUCACAGUUUGUUCUUUUUAUUUGAAAACUUCAGAAAAUUUUAAUUUAAAAAAAAAUCCCAAAGUUUAUAGACAAUAACAAGUUCUGUUCGAAGGCGUGUGCCGAAAGAAUAAAUUUUUUUCAUAGUUCUCAACAUGGAAUCAAUUCUGAUAUCUAUUCAAAAAUUUAACAGGGAUUCCAUGUUGAGAACUAUGAAAAAUUUAUUCUUUCGGAAUAAUUAUGAGCACAAAAAAAACGCUGUCAAUUAAAUUUUGCGCCGAGGAACUUUCAGCGAACUAACAGCAUAAUAGCUUAUGCCGUUUUCAAGGUGAUUCCGUGAAAUUCAAAGUUCAAAAUAGAGAGUGAAAAAAGAUAACUGAGUUUUGGAGAGUCAGAGAUAAUUUUGUGGAAGUUUUUUAUUCGAACACGGCAUGUGGUCUGUAAAACCAACAACGUUAGUGAUCGCAAGAAGGUUCAGCGACCGAUGAGAACAUCGACGCGUUGCUGGGACUGUCGGUUCCGUCGAAAACGAUGGCGUCCAAGUCGAGCUGGGGUUUCGAAGAAAAGUCUUCGAGUUCUGGAGGCGUCAAAGGUUGGGACGACGACGGAUGGGCUGACGGUUUCCUCUCAUUUUUCCUUUCACCUCCAAGUUUCAACUUGCAGCUUCUUCGAACGUUCUGAAGCCUACGCCAGUGCUACAACCUACUUCAGCUUCAGAUAAAGGUUUAUUAUCGAGAAAUUUCGUUUUUCCAAGUUUAUCAAUAAUAGAAAAAAGGGUUUAAACUUUCUGCACAACUCAUUUUUGACAUUCUACAAAUUUAUAAUCUCGCUUUUCACUUCUUUCAUUUGGAAAAUGCUUUCGUAUUUCUAGUUUUUGAGAGUUUGAGUAUGAAUCAGCAUCCAGAUCCAAAAAAAAGUUUUAAAACGGAUAUUUCAUGAAAAAAAUUAUUUAGCUUAGAAGUUGAACUCCCGUAUUUUUUUUUCUUUGGUUUUCAUUUUAAAUUUUAAAUCUUUUUGUAUAUAAUGCUUAUAAACUUUUCAUGGCCGUUGGUUGCAGAGUCGCGACGGGCCGAGCUGGCGGCAAGGAACGAGGCGCGGCGAAAAGAACAGUCGGAAAGACAGAAAGCACGUUCCGGAGCGAUGAAACUGACGAGCACCGAGAAGAAGAUGGACGACUUCGCCGACUGGUAG